ACAGAAAGGAAGAAGUGACCAUGAAAUAUUAUUAUUUCAUCUGAGAUGUACUUAGUUAUGGAAUGGAGCACUGAUGAAUCACGAGGCAGCUCUGCUCCGAGCAUCGUGCAGAGGAGCUCAUGGGCUUCUCUGGGACUGCAAACCUCCCUCUGAGGAAUCUUAACUGCAAGAAACCUGGCCUGAAGGUUUGGUCCCCAUUCCCAGUGUUGUGACAAGAGUCACCUCAGUUCUCUGUUACUUUACUUCAGAUAACCCCACUGGGUGACCCUUGUGUUGGUCUCUUACAAUUGGAUCUAGGAGGUGCUGGCUGCCUGUGUUUAUGAUGAAAGAGCAGCAGUGAUGUGGGUCUGUGUGAGGUCACAGUCAUUGCUGGGUUAGGAGGGUUUGGCCCCCACCUGGCGAGCAGAGCUGGUGCUCUGGUGAGCGUGCUGCACACAGAGACUGAGCUGUGAGCGUUCGUCGUUAGGGAUCAUUCUUUGGGAGCCCACUGCAAGCACUGCUGCGGCGUGUGUGUGAGCUGGGCACAGCCCGGACUGACCAGGCCAAUAAGGCACUUCCUGUAGGGUUCCGGUCCGAGAGGACUCUUUGGGGAUCCAAGCAGUUCGAGCACAACCGUCUCUUUGCAAGAGCAGGGAAUUCCUCUGGAGAUAACCCAGACGGGCUCUAAGAAUUUCACCAUGUCUCAGCAAAGAGGCGACUGCUACUUCUACUUCUACUCCACCUGCACUAAGGGAGACAGCUGUCCCUUCCGCCAUUGUGAAGCAGCUCUGGGGAGUGAACGAGUCUGCAGACUGUGGAUGGAGGGCGGCUGCUCGAGGAGAAACUGCAAGUUCCGUCACAUGAGGAUUGAUAAGCAGCGCAGUUUGAUUCCCUGCUUCUGGGAGAACCAGCCCGGAGGCUGCCAGAAACCACACUGCGCCUUUCGCCACCUGAAGGAACGCGGUGGGAACAGACCGACUGCGCUGCUGAGCCACAAAGUUGACACCAGUGGCCUUCCUCCAAAGAGCGGCCUUGCAAAAAGUCUGGGGAACCAGACAGAGGUUGACAAGGCACCAGAGAGAGUUGACAUCCCAGUUUCCUCCCAUGGCCCGGCUGGACUAAAACGCAAACGGUCGGAGGAGGAGAAGGGAAAAGCGGGGGAAUCGCCCUGCAAGAAAAGAGUUAAAGGUGAGCACGAGGAGCUCGUUACGGUGCCUCAGAAAAGCAGUGCUGUCAUUUUGCAUUGCUCUCUGUCAGACUUUUCCUUGCCCUGGAUUAUUACUGAGUGCAGCUAUUGGGUUUCUUUGUUCCUUUGUAUGCGUUGUUGGUACACAGAGAUGACCGUGUGCAAAACAUGGCUGAGAAUCCCGGACAGGGCAAUGCAAUUCCACUGGCCAAAUGUAUUUAACUUUGUGGAAGGGUGGUGGGACUGAUAAGAGAACUUGAUCUCUCUUGAGGCACAGCAAGG